AUGUUUGCCAUCCAAGCGUCUUCCAACGCGGUUUCCACCGCGCGCCCGACAUUCACGAAAUCCGUGAGAACGGCGAAAGCGUCCGUGUCGAACGCUUUACCGUUCGCACCGUUGAGCAUCAAAUCCACCAAGUCGUCUCGCUCCUUGGUCAUCUCCAACUCGGUCACCAAAAAGCCGGACUUGUCCGACCCGGUGUUGAGAGCCAAGCUCGCGAAGGGUAUGGGCCACAACUACUACGGUGAACCGGCGUGGCCGAACGAUUUGUUGUACAUUUUCCCGGUUGUUAUCUUGGGUACCAUCGCGUUGUCCAUCUCCUUGGCGGUUAUGGAACCGACGGCGUUGGGCGAGCCGGCAGAUCCGUUCGCCACGCCGUUGGAAAUCUUGCCGGAGUGGUACUUUUUCCCGACUUUCAACGCGUUGAGAGUCAUCCCGAACAAAUUGUUGGGCGUUUUGUCCAUGGCUGCCGUCCCGGUUGGCUUGAUCACCGUUCCGUUUUUGGAAUCUAUCAACAAGUUCCAAAACCCGUUCAGAAGACCGGUCGCGACCACCGUCUUUUUGAUCGGUACCUUCUACGCGAUUUGGAUGGGUAUCGGCGCCACCAUGCCGAUCGACAAGGCCAUCUCCCUCGGCGUCUUCUAA